GCAAAAUGGUUUGCUAUGAGCUGCUUUUAACCUGGACAAGGAUUGGAAUUCUAAUUUUGUCUAUCCAUUUGGCUGAGGCAGCUCGAAAAUGGGACUACGAACCGAUUUCAUUUAUCACCACCUCUUCGGAUGACAGCAAGCUAAAGUUCGAUGCCAAAAUUGAUAGACUGGGGCGUGGAGAAUACGGAUUAACGGCCGUCAUCGAGUGGAAAUAUGAAACAAAUGAGAAAACUAUGGUGGAAGCAUUUGCUUAUCGCAGUAAUUCUGGAGAUGAGAGUGAUUACAAGCUGCUCCCUUGGUCAAUUCCCAAGCAGACCUUCUAUGAAUACCUCAACACCUAUUAUAAGGAUAUGAUUAUUAAAAACAUAGGACACUGCUCCAAUCUUCCACAAUUUGAGGGCAAAUUUCAACCUCCUUGGCCACAAAACACUUAUAAGAUGGAUAAAUGUAAGUUCGUUGGCGAUGGACUGCCGGAAAUCGCUCCACCCGGAUACUACAAGAUAGUUUUCAGCAAAUUUGGAACCGAUCAGCCCACCUGGGGUUUUACGGCGGUCUUUAAGUUGACUAAUAAACUGUUCUAGACGUUUUGUUAGUCAAGGAAAACAGUACAAAAUUUUAAAUUUUUAUUAAAAAAUUUGU